UUCGUUUCAACCCCACCCCACCCCCUCCAAAAAAAAAAAAAGAAGAAGAAGAAGAAGCGAGAAGAUAUCAUGAACAACACGCCGUUUUGGCAGGCUCAGCGUCCUGUAAAUCCCCAUGGACGCCUCGAUGCUCCUUAUCCCCGAUUCGAUUCCGACGGCUUCGAACCGUUUUUCAGUCAUCCCAUUUCCUUCCAAGCCGCUGUGGUACGCGACCCUAUUAGAGGUUCAAGGCAUCCGUGGCAGAUACCGGACCGACCCCUCGGGUUUUCAGGUUUCCCAGACUAUCAACGUGCUCCUGCUCCGGUAGAAACAUUAUGGUUCGACGCUUUCCCCGCUAGAUCAGUCAAUCCAAGGUUUCAGGGGCCCUUCCGUGGACCUCGAGUACUGGACAAGAGAAUUCGAGAUCAAAUCAAGAGGAGGAAAGGAAAGUAUUAAGUAAGCUGAAGAAGGAAAUUUAUAA